GUGCCUGCGUCUGAGCUGGGCUGCAAAAGUUAGGUUAGCUGAAGCUGGCGUGUGUGUAGAUGCUAGGUGGGGGUGGCAGUGUUUGACGCACACAGAGCAGAGGGGGACAGGUCGCGGUUCUGAAUGGUCCCCAGUGUGCUUUGGGACUUCUAGGUGGUGAGUUGUCGUCAAAAUGGUGUCCGCUGUCGCUGCAUACCUUCCCCUCUUCCUUGUCACAGUGAAUCUAAUCCCUGUCACUCCCAUCGUGGAGGAGAGACCAUUCCCGGCGGCAGAUGAAAUCAUUUCGUUGGUUCAGGGGAAGAGCAGAAAGCGAGUUUUCCUGGUGCCUCAUACUCAAGAAUCUGAUCCGAUAUCGGAGGCUUAUGCCUAUUGCAACACCCCCAAUCGCACCGAGCAGGCAUGGGAGGGUCACAGUCCUGCAGACUACAAGCUGCUGUCUGUCCAAGUGAUGAUCCGCCAUGGAGAUCGUUAUCCUCUCUAUUACAUCCCCAAAACCAAACGUCCCGCCAUCGACUGCACACUCUCCACUGACAAGGAGCCAUCACACCCCCUGCUGGCCUCCUUCAUCCGUCACAUGGGCCAAGGAAGUCGUGGUCAUUGGGAGUCUCCGCUGGCUUCUGUGGCUCGCCUGCCCAACCACAGUGCGUGUGAGAUGGGCGAGCUCACACAGACAGGUGUGGUGCAACAUCUGCGCAACGGGCAGCUCCUGCGUCAGGCCUACAGGCAUCACAGCUUUCUGUCUCCUGACUGGCUACCACGGGAGGUGUGGGUGGAGACAACAGGGAGGAGUCGUACCCUUCAGAGCGGGCUGGCCCUCCUCUACGGCUUUUCUCCGGACUAUGACUGGACCAAGCUGACUGUGCAUCACCAGUGGAGCACUUUGUUUUGCGGUUCUGCCUGUGACUGUCCGGCGAGGAACAGAUACCUGGAGGAAGAGCAGAGGCGGCAGUAUCGACUCCGAGUGGCUGACGUUGAACUGGAGAGGAACUACGCCGACAUGGCACGCACCUUGGGUGUCGCCACGCGCCUCCUCCGGGCAGCAAACCCCAUCGACUCUCUUCAGUGCUACUUCUGCCACGGGCUAGCUUUUCCAUGUGUCUUGCGCGGUGAAGACGGCGCUGGUGGGUGCCUGACCAAAGCGCAGUUCGCUGUGAUCCGUCGCCAGCAACUGGAGGACGAGGUGGAUCGCAGGAAGGUGGGACUUUACCAUAAAUACGCCGUCCUGGCAAUGCACCCGUAUCUCAACCGGACUGCCGCCAAGAUGGAGAAGGUUGCCAAAGCCAGCGUGGCCGGCCGAGCGCGGAGCGAAGAGGUGUUCAGCCUCUCCUCGGCACACGACGUCACGGUGGCUCCUUUGCUAAGUGCCCUUGGCCUGGAGGACAGUAAGUUCCCCCGCUUUGCAGCUAGAGUGGUUUUCGAACUGUGGAGGAGUCCCUCGGAGGAGCCCAGAAAGCAGCCGGGUAAGGCUGAGAAGGUCUUGGACAGGGAGAUGUUCAUCAGGGUGCUGUAUAACGGCGAGGACGUGACAUUCCACACCACUUUCUGCCGCACCCACGAUCGCCACUCCAGACAGCCGCUCUGCCCUUUGAAGAACUUCCUUUCUUUUGUCCGCCGAGACAUGUUCAGAUCCAUGGAUGCCACUUCAUACCAAGAGGCCUGCUCCAGACACUCCGGCUAACCACGGACCACUGAAGGGGUCAGGAAGAUCCUGGCUUUUCAAUGACGGUGCACUUUCACUCUGCUCGCUGAGUUUUUAAAAAAGCUGGACGCGACAGUGGAUAGUAAAUGCUUCUUGGUCUAUCUCUGCUGUUGGAUGGCACUUUAAUCUAACAUUCCACUGUUCCGUAGGAAAUAAUAUUACAACAUGUCAGUUAGAAAAGGGAAGCUAUGGAGUGGGGUUUUAUGAUGGAUUUCGAUUUCUUACUUGUUCAUCAUUUGCAAUAAUGUCUGCACAAAUUUACAAAGGACGGUACGAGUUCGCCACAGCGUCUUCCGUGGUCACCACAGUGUUGCUCAUCUGUGAAAUAUGUUAAGUGUUAACAGGGAUGACAUCAAUACUUAAUGUUAUUGGUACGGCCAGUUUCUGUUGGGACGACUGUGUCAUAUGACAGUUGUCAUAAUAAAGAUGAUGGGGCUUGGAUUGUCUGUUGUCUGCUUCAGUGAUGACAUGAUGGAUUCACAGUACGGAUGCUGGUGUGGACAUGGUCCAAACUGUGGUUCAGAUUUUUUUGUCUCAUUUUAUUAUGAUACAGAUUUAUUCCAAAAUUGAAACUGUUUUUUUCUGAAACACUACAUCAUAAUGAUAUAUAAAUAAUACUUUGUUGACCCACCUCUGGUCACGAUUGCCGUCCCAAGUCAUUUUGAGUGUGAGAUCAGAAGCUUGGAUCUACGGCACCUCUUGGAUAGCAGAUGGCGCUAAUGUGGUGGGCAAUGAAUUCCUUUUCGCUCUCAUUGCUAUAGGUCGCAGCUCCGUGUGCUCGAGUCAACUUUGAUGUUGAUACUCUGAGUGGUAAGUAACAAAAAUGAGGUACUGCAUCAAACAGCAAUGACAAUUAUUCAAAAUGUUAAUUACUGAGUGCGCACCAGCAAGUUAUUCUUUUAAGUCUAAAACUUUAUUAUUUAGUGACACAUAAAACGUGUUUAUUGUUGUAAGUAUAGUGUUAUAGCAAGGAGCAGUGACCACUUAGAAACAUGCAGAAAUGUCGGAUAGGGUUUUCUUUCUUUUAAUGUUUAUUUAUUUUGUGAUUGUUUUUGGUUUGGUUGUUGUUUACAUGAUCAAAAUAAAUAAAUCAAAAGUGAAUUCUCUUUUACAAGGUACAUCAGAGGAAUCCUCUGGAUAAGGCUCAGACUCUGCCUUCACUUCUGAAGCAUCGACCAGAGCCCAGACCCUGAGAGCAUCAAGUUGUUCAAAGUACAAAUGCAUUAAGUAGGGGCUGGAUCAAGGGCGUUCCUUGUACCAGAUACUAGUGAUGGGUCUGGUCCGCAAACCGUGAUGCGCCGGCGCGCGCGCCGAGCUCACGCAGCAAUCCCUGCGUCGGUGCGCGUACCGCUUUAAGUCAAUCACAUGACUGUGUCGACCCGUCAAAAACACGCCGAACUGUGUUCAUGAGGAAGCGCAUCUGUCAACAGGAUGGAGGAUUUGAUGUAUUUAUUUCGAUCU